AAAAACCCCAGUCAUAGUGGAGGAGGCUGAGCGGAGAAGAACUACGAAAGGCUAAAAUAACCUUAUUGUUCAGCGCCUAAUUCUACCGCUUGUUCCUUGCUGAUAAUCUGAAGACAGAAAGGGUUAAGUUCAGUAGAGAGAAUGAAUAACAUUUUGUGCAGCCAGUAUGAGGAGAAGAUCCGGCCGUGUAUUGACCUCAUUGACUCGCUGAGGGCUCUAGGGGUUGAAAAAGACCUGGCCUUACCGGCUAUUGCUGUCAUUGGUGAUCAGAGCUCAGGGAAAAGCUCUGUUUUGGAAGCCCUAUCUGGAGUAACUCUCCCCAGAGGCAGUGGGAUUGUUACACGAUGCCCACUGGAACUGAAGCUGAAGAAGGCCCAAGAAGACUGUCCUUGGAGAGGAAAAAUUAAAUAUGGGGAACAUGAGAAAGAGCUCGCUGACUCUGGAGAAGUGGAGGGUGAAGUAAGCAGAGCUCAAGAUUGCAUGGCUGGCACCGGGAGUGACGUCAGUGAGGAUCUAAUAACGCUGGAAAUCGAAGCUCCGAAUGUUCCUGACUUAACCUUGAUUGAUCUGCCUGGAAUCACACGGAUCGCUUUGUCUAAUCAACGCAAAGACAUUGGACAACAGAUCAAGAAUAUGAUCCACAAGUACAUCCUGAAGCAACAGACCAUUAGCCUGGUUGUGGUUCCCAGUAAUGUUGACAUUGCAACAACUGAAGCUCUUGAGAUGGCGCGCCAGGUGGAUCCCAGCGGGGAAAGAACGUUAGGUAUACUGACUAAACCGGACUUGGUUGACAAAGGAGCGGAAAACCAAGUUAUCAGCGUCGUACGAAAUCAGGUUUACGCUCUCAAUAAAGGCUUCAUGAUCGUCAAGUGUCGGGGGCAAAAGGAGAUACAGGAAAAACUUUCUCUGGAGGAGGCUUUGAAUAACGAGAAGGCAUUCUUUGAGGAACAUGAACAUUUUAGUUGUCUUCUGACAGAAGGAUAUGCAACUAUUCCUUGUUUGGCAGAGAAGCUUACAACCGAAUUAGUGGAACAUAUCUGUAAAAAUCUGCCGUAUUUAGAGAAUCAAAUCAAGACCAAGCUUUCUGAAGCAGAAGAAAUAUUGAAAAUGAUCGGUUUGGGAAUUCCGGAAACAGAGAUGGAGAAACUUAGCUUCCUUAUCGAUAAAAUUCGACAAUUUUCAAGUGAAAUAAGCAACGCGACCAAAGGAGAAGAAGAGACAACCAAUGGCCUCUUAAAGCUUUUCACUAACGUGCGAAAGCACUUCUUUUCCUGGGAAGCCUUUCUGGCAAAAUCUUCAAGUGAAUUCUCCAGCCAAUUAAAAGAUGAUAUGUAUCUUUAUGAGAAUCGUUAUCGCGGCCGGGAGUUUCCUGGAUUUGUUAGCUUUAAAACAUUUGAGAAUAUUGUAAGGCAUCAAGUCCAGACGUUUGAAGAACCAGCCAUUACAAAGUUGAAAGACAUCACUGCAAUUGUCCAGGUUGCUUUUAGUGAAAUAGCCUCAAAACAGUUCACGGCAUUCCCAAAUCUUUACCGAAAAGCCAAGAGCAAAAUCGAAGAUAUAUGUUACGCCCAGCAACAGGAAGCGGAAAAAAUCAUCAAAACCUACUUCAAAAUGGAAAGCAUCAUCUACUGCCAGGACAACAUAUAUGGCGGGAGUUUGAAGAAAAUAAGAGAAGAAGCUGCAGCCCCCGUGAAAUUCCCCUUUCCUCAGACAUCUCAGCUGCAGCUGUCGGUUAAUGAAAUGUCGGAUCACAUAAAGGCGUAUUUCAGGAGCGCGACUAGCCGCCUUUCCAAUCAAGUUCCUUUGAUCAUCCAGUAUUAUAUUCUCCACGAGUUUGCGAACAACUUGGAAAUUCAAAUGAUGCACCUGAUUCAAGACAGAGAGAAGUUAGAUUACCUUCUACAGGAGAAGAACAACGUCUCCAGAGAGAGAAAUAAUCUGAAGAACAAAAUUAAACGUCUCAAGGCAGCACAUCGACGACUUGCCAAAUUCCCUGGUUAACAUGGCCUGUACAGAAUAUUUCAGAAGCAGAUUGCGAAUCCGCGGCAUCCCCCCCCCCAAAAAAAAUGAAAAAAAAAAUGUAUCCAUACUUUUAUUAUUGUUAGUUGUGCAGUGGCGUCUCCAGCUUUCAUAUUUAGACGUGCAUUUUUAACUACAUAAUAUGUAUUUAUCUCUUUGAAGUAAAGACUGUGAUUAAAAUAUGAUUUCAAAAUAA